AUGUCCGGCAGCAACAGCGCUUCGCGCAAUAACAUCCUCCGCGACUUCACCAGCCUGACUGGCCUCCCCGAGGCUCGCUGCACAGAGUACCUCGAAGUCGCAAACUGGGACAUUGGCCUUGCCGCCCAGGCCUACUACGCGGACCACGACUCUGAAGACGAUGCUCCUCAACGUGCUGCCGGAUCGUCAUCCCAGCCCGCCCCUGCCGCAGAAGCAUACACUGGUCCCAGAACCCUCGAUGGCCGCCCUGCGCCUGAGGCUGCCCGCGGCGGUGCUGCAUCCAGCAAGGCACCCAAGAAGAAGGGCCUCGCUACCCUGAGCUCCCUUGGAGGCAGCCACACGCAUGACGACGAUGACGAUGAAGACGACGAGGAUGACGACGACAGAGGUAGAGGUGAUCUGUUCGCUGGAGGAGAAAAGUCUGGUUUGGCCGUUCAGGAUCCCUCUCAACAGGAGGGAGGUGGCGCCAAGAAGAUCAUCAGUGACAUCCUCGCCAAGGCAAAGGCAAACGCCUCCCGCCCCGAGACAGCAUCUCCGGCCGGACCCUCCCGCUCCACCUUCAGAGGCACUGGCCAGACCCUCGGCGGUGAGGGCACCGAGAGCCGCAGCAUCCCCGACCCGAAUGCCUUCCAGGAGGGCUCUGGCGGCCCCCCGGGCCAGACCGGCGAACCCCAGGAGCGCACUCUUCACCUGUGGCAGGACGGCUUCAGCAUCGACGACGGCGAGCUGCACAGAUUCGACGACCCGGAGAACGCCAUGGACCUGAACAUGAUUCGCGCCGGCCGAGCUCCCCUUCACCUUAUGAACGUGCGCUACGACCAGCCAGUCGACGUGAAGCUCCACCAGCACCAGGAGAACUACCGUCCCCUUCCCAAGAAGUACAAGCCCUUCGGCGGAGAGGGUCGCCGUCUCGGCAGCCCCGUCCCAGGCGAAGGCAGCUCGUCAGCCGCUGCCCCUGCAGCUUCGACCACCACCGCUUCCGCCUCGACCACCUCUUCCGGCCCGCAGACGACCGUCGACGAGUCUCAGCCAACUCUGGCCCUCCGCAUCCAGCUUCCCAACGGCACGAGACUCCCCGCGCGAUUCAACACCACUAACACUGUGAAUGACGUCUACGAGUUUGUCCAGCGCGCCUCCGCCGACACUCGCACCAGAUCUUGGGUGCUGGCCACGACAUUCCCCAACAAAGACCACACCGAUCGCAGUCUGGUGCUGGGCGAGAUGCCCGAGUUCAAGAAGGGCGGUACCGCCGUUGUCAAGUGGGCUUGA